UCGACUUGUCAAAACCUCUCUCCCUCCACUGCUUUUAAUAUCAUCUCGUUUUCUUUUUCUUUUAAAAUAUGAACUUUGACUGUUAGAUUUGACUUGCCCCCAACAAACUCUUCAUAUUUUAGAAUCACUUAUAUUUAAAUUAAAAUCAACUUCUGUGCCCAAAAAAGAUACGAUCUUUCUUUCCGAAGGAAUUCGAAAGGAAAAAAAUGGAAGGUAACAUUCGAAUUAGUGAAGAUGGAGGCUCUUGCUAUCACCCUUUUCUAGACUCUGCAGACUCCAUUGUUUCCGAUGAUGUCCGCUUGCAGCAGCUCGGUUACAAGCGUCAACUCACCCGGGGCCUCUCGGCAAUGGCAAAUUUCUCGGUGACCUUCUCCAUAAUAUCAGUGCUAACGGGUCUGACGACGACGUACGGUACGGGUCUCACUUACGGUGGGACGGUUACAAUGGUAUACGGAUGGCCACUAGUAGGGAUGCUGACUAUGGUCGUUGGUGCGUCGAUGGCUGAGAUUUGCUCUGCUUUCCCUACUUCUGGUGGACUCUACUUUUGGAGCGCCAAGCUCUGCGGCAAUGACUGGGGCCCCUUUGCCUCUUGGCUCACCGGCUGGGUCAUUUCCAACUUUGCGUUUUCAUUUUCUAUCAUCUCUGUGCUUACUGGUGUAACCACCCUUUACAACACUGGGUUAAAGUUUGGUGGGCCAGUGUCUUUGGCUUAUGGCUGGCUAAUAGCCGGGACUUUCACCAUGUUUGUUGGGUUUUCCAUGGCUGAGAUCUGUUCCUCUUUCCCAACCUCUGGUGGUCUCUACUAUUGGAGUGCUAAGCUUGCUGGCCCAGGCUGGGCACCUUUUGCCUCAUGGAUAACUGGCUGGUUCAACAUUGUUGGUCAGUGGGCUGUUACAACGAGUGUAGAUUUUUCACUUGCACAGCUGAUUCAAGUGAUCAUUCUACUUAGCACAGGUGGGAAGAAUGGAGGUGGAUAUGAGGCAUCUAAAUAUCUUGUUAUAGGUUUCCACGGGGGAAUUUUACUCCUACAUGCUAUCAUUAACAGUCUUCCAAUCUCUUGGUUAUCUUUAUUUGGACAGUUAGCUGCAGGAUGGAACAUUGUAGGUGUAUUUGUUCUUAUGAUUCUCAUUCCCUGUGUUGCAACGGAAAGGGCUAGUGCCAAGUUCGUUUUCACUUACUUCAACACCGAUAAUGGUGAUGGAAUCAAUAAUAAAUUAUACAUAUUCAUUCUGGGCCUUCUAAUGAGUCAGUACACGCUUACUGGGUAUGAUGCCUCUGCUCAUAUGACAGAGGAAACUAAGAAUGCUGAUAAGAAUGGACCAAGAGGAAUAAUAAGCUCCAUUGGGAUAUCUAUUAUUGUUGGAUGGGGUUACAUACUUGGAAUCACCUUUGCAGUUACUAACAUUUCCUACCUUCUAGAUGAAAACAAUGAUGCGGGUGGUUAUGCCAUUGCUGAAAUAUUCUACCUAGCAUUUAAGAAUAGAUAUGGCAAUGGAGUUGGGGGAAUUAUUUGCUUGGGAGUGGUUGCCGUCGCCAUAUUUUUCUGUGGUAUGAGUUCAGUUACUAGCAACUCAAGGAUGGCUUAUGCUUUCUCUAGAGAUGGAGCCAUGCCAUUUUCAUCAGUUUGGCAUAAAGUGAACAAGCAGGAGGUCCCCAUAAAUGCAGUGUGGCUCUCUGCCUUUAUAUCAUUUUGCAUGGCACUGACGUCUCUUGGGAGCUUAGUGGCAUUUCAGGCUAUGGUAUCCAUAGCAACUAUAGGACUGUACAUUGCUUAUGCCCUGCCCAUCUUCUUCAGAGUGACUUUAGCACGCAAGUCCUUCAUCCCGGGACCCUUCAAUUUGGGUCGCUAUGGAAUCAUUGUUGGAUGGGUUGCCGUUCUUUGGGUGGUAACCAUCUCAGUUCUCUUCUCCUUGCCUGUAGCCUAUCCCAUUACCAAUGAGACUCUAAACUAUACUCCUGUAGCAGUUGGCUGUUUGUUUGUCCUUACUGUUUCUUCUUGGAUCUUCAGUGCUCGUCACUGGUUUAGAGGUCCUAUAACCAAUGUAGAUACCUGAAACUCGAAUGUACAUUGAUUUUCAUAUCCAAGCAAAAUAUUAUUUUGGGUGGUGGUUCAUGGCCACUCUUGGUUGGAGUUGGAGCAA